ACUUUUUGGGCGCUGUCAAGUGUUUUGCCGUAUUGUUCAGAAACUAAGAUUGUCCAUAUUUUAAUUACCAUAUCCAAAUUUUUGAAUGGAUAGUCAAGGAAGAAAAGUUUUAGUCUGUGAUAAUGGAACAGGCUUCGUCAAAGUUGGUUAUGCCGGGUCCAAUUUUCCGGCUCACAUCUUUCCAUCGUUGGUCGGCCGUCCUAUAAUUCGAGCUGCCAACAAAAUUGGUGACAUUGAAGUCAAGGAUUUAAUGGUUGGAGAUGAUGCCAGUAAGCUCCGCUCAAUGCUUGAAGUGAAUUACCCUAUGGAAAAUGGAAUUGUGAGAAAUUGGGAAGACAUGUGCCAUGUAUGGGAUUACACAUUUGGUCCUGAGAAAAUGAAUAUUGAUCCUCGCCAGUGUAAGGUUUUAUUAACAGAACCACCAAUGAACCCAUUGAAGAAUCGCGAAAAAAUGAUUGAGGUCAUGUUCGAAAAAUAUGGAUUUGCCGGUACCUACGUGGCCAUCCAGGCAGUUUUAACCCUCUACGCGCAGGGUCUACUGACUGGAGUAGUCGUCGAUUCUGGGGAUGGUGUCACUCACAUAUGUCCCGUGUACGAAGGAUUCGCGAUGCCUCAUUUAACCAGACGACUCGAUAUAGCAGGCAGAGACAUAACGCGAUAUCUUAUCAAGCUCCUGCUGUUGCGAGGAUAUGCUUUCAAUCACACAGCAGACUUCGAAACGGUGCGUCAAUUGAAGGAAAAGCUUUGUUAUAUAGGUUAUAACAUAGAAACGGAACAAAAAUUGGCUCUCGAAACAACGGUUUUAGUUGAAUCAUACACACUUCCCGAUGGGCGAGUCAUCAAAGUGGGCGGUGAACGGUUUGAAGCCCCCGAAGCACUUUUCCAGCCUCACUUGAUCAACGUCGAAGGGUCGGGAAUCGCCGAGCUUGUGUUUUCGACCAUUCAAGCAGCAGAUAUCGAUGUUCGCCCAUCGCUUUAUAAACACAUAGUCCUUUCAGGCGGUUCCACCAUGUACCCUGGUCUUCCAUCUCGACUCGAACGCGAGAUCAAACAACUGUACCUGGAACGUGUUCUUAAAGGCGACACGGAGAAACUAACGAAAUUCAAAAUUCGUAUUGAAGAUCCCCCACGCCGCAAGGACAUGGUUUUCAUUGGUGGAGCUGUAUUGGCCGACGUUAUGAAAGAUAAGGAAUCUUUCUGGAUGUCCAGAGAAGAAUACAGUGAGCGUGGUAUCCGCGUGCUGGACAAGCUCGUCAACCGCUCCUAACGCGCAAUUUUAACCGCCGUUCCUCGUUUCUUCAGAUUCCCAUCGAAGGCCACGUUAUUUACUAAUCAGAUGUCCGUUUCCAUGUUGCUGGGUUUACAUUCCCGCCCUCCCAAAUUUUUGUUGACCCAAAAAAAAUUCUGCCUGAAUAAACAAAAAUAGCCUCUGUAA